AUGUCGGACAGCGAGUCGCGCUGUACAGCGUCAAAAGAACCCGCAGCAGGAGAGACUUGUUGCUGCGGGAAGUGUGUCACCGCGUCCAAAAAAGGGGGGAGGCGACAUCAUCGCAAAUCGCGGCUCGGUUGCAAGACGUGCAAGAGGAGAAAAGUCAAGUGCGAUGAAGCCAAACCAGAGUGCGGCAAUUGUCAGCGUUUUGGAGUUGCCUGCGACUUUCUGCCAACGGCCAUUUUCAAGGCCCAGACGAAGCAUACGGAGGAGCCCCAGGUCCACGAAGGAAGACGGAGGGGCCGGCCCCGAUCAGACUGGAGCUCAUGGGCCGAACAGGUCCACUCCGGUUCGCCUUCAGCUCAAAGUCCCGAAGUGGGAUCCGGCAUCACCUCCCAAACCCCGCCGUCAACGCAACCGUCAGAGUUCUCAAACUCACUACCAAAUCUUCUCGAUGUCGAGAACAUCGAGCUCUUUCACAGUUUCAUGGUCUAUACGGCACCCACCUUAGGGGACAACUUCAAAUUCUACCGGGAUAAAGCGCCCGUCCUCGGCUUUCGCCAUCCCUGUGUCCUCAACGGUAUGCUGGCUCUGGCCGCCCUUCACCAGGUCAGGUUACAGCCCGAAGAUGCCAUUCGCUUCGUCGCACUUGCCGACCGCCACUCUACCAUUGCCUUGCAGCAAGCUACCGAUCUUCUCCCGUUCAUCAGCCUAGAAAACGGUCAAGCCUUGUACAUGGUUACCGUAAUGAUCUGCUUCACAGCGUUUGCCAGAGGUCCAAGUCCUGGGAACCUUUUAGUAGUCGCAGAAAAUGGAGAGGUCCCCUGGGUGUCGCUCAUCUCUGGGGUGCGCUUUGUUGUCAAGACGCUAGGGUGGCCAGCCAUCCUGACAGGCGUCCUCGCCCAAGAACCGGAGCCCGAAGCCGCAGACAUGGCAACUCAGCAUCAAGUUCCAGCUUUGCCCUCUUUUGUCGAGUGGGAGAAGUCGAUGGAUGAAGUCUCCAGUCUCGUGAGCAUACUGGCCGAUUCCAAGGACCGAGACGUGUACCAACACGACAUCAAAUUGCUAUCGAAUGCAUUCCAAACGACUUUUGGAACCAUAAACGAGCCAAAGUCGUUCAUCAAGGGGGAAGUGCAGCAUGUGUUAUCAUGGCUAUACCAGAUCGAAACGGGUUUCGUUGAGCGGCUGGAAAGGAAAGAACCCAUCGCCCUUAUUUUGCUCGGUCACUUUGCUGUUUUGUUGCGGACUCUCGACCGGUACUGGUUCAUGAAUGGAUGGGGUGUGCACAUACUGAGCGAGGUACGCCAGGCCUCCGAGGCAGUACAUAAAUGGCUUGCAUGGCCCACAGCCGUCAUUCAAGUGUCCUUCGUCUAG